AUGGCGGAAGAGCCGGCGACUCCAGCAGACACCGAGCUGCGGGACUCGCAAGGCGCUGACACUAGCCAGGAAGGGUCCUGGAGCCCCCACGAGUACCUCAUUGAGCAGCCGCUGCACGUAAAGCAGCACCAAGGCGACGAGGCAUCAGUUGCGGCCGACAGCGCACUGCCAACUGCCGAGACGGCUAUGUGCACUGCACCAGCGCUGAUGGAAUACGAGGGUGAUCGUCAGAGCAAAAGGGCUCGCGCCUCGGAGCUGGACUGGCCACCAGCGCUACCUCAAGGCAAAGACGAAGCAUCAGCAACUGCUCACAAGACAAAUAGUGAACAUCGCGGGUCAGAGAGCCCCGACGAUGUUGAGAAAUCGAGUACGCCAGGUCGUACCGACACAGAACUGGACAGGAAUAGCACGUUAGUGUCGAACGCGGAUCACGCACGAGAACCCCUGGAGCGACGCCCUGGUGGUGACUAUGACGAGCGCGACGCUUGUGCGACUACAGCUAUGACAACGGGCGCUGCACCCCAAGACCCCGGGGACGAAUGCAACGGCGACAGCGACGCUGCAUCCACUGUCGACACAGAGCUCCUAUUCGAGACACCGCUCGCCAUCCUGAAAAAGUUUCUGGAUGGCCACUGGGUAGAUGCCGGUCGCGGUCCAGUGCGCAUUCUACGCCUACGCAGGUGCAGCGAGUCAUCGGGCAACACAGAGACGUUUCUGCGCAUGGACAGCGGCCUGCGCCCAGUGCUUUACCUCAGACUGGAGCACGAAACGGCACGUACUGCGCGAUGGGAAAAAGUUCGCGAACGAAGUAUCCGGUUUCUAUGUCCAGUCAGCGGGCAGGGCCCAGUGAUGUGUGUGUUGCAGUUGCGCAAUGCAGCGACUGCAGACAAGCUGCUGGCCCUGAUCGAGCAGGUGGCGUUUGCUGCGGCCGAAAAGGCGCCAGUGGCAUCGUAUACUGAGCGUUCAACUGGCGUUCAGUACUCGAGUAGCUUUACUGAGCUGUGGACUAGAUUCCAGGCAGACACAGUACCUGUUUUGGAGCAGUAUCGAGCAAAAGCGCUCGACGAUGACGAGACGGCUACUGCUCCUCGGGUUGUGCGCUUGGAGCAGCUCAUCGAUGCCUCACGCAAGACGCUCGAGCUGCAGGACGCAGCGCAAGAGCGUCUCCUUCAGCUCCUAGAGGAAGCACGCGAGACUUGCACCCGGACAGAGCGCGAGCUCCAGACUGUGCACCAGCGUCUGUGCCGGCGCAUCGCGGCCGUGGAGCCGCAGCUCUCCAAGCUGAGGUCUAGUCUGGGACCCGUCGACUCGCCCGCACCGCUGACAUCGGAUCCUGCGAAAGCGCUCUCCAACAAUGACCUGAUGAUCACGUCGGUAGAGACGCGUGCAGCGGAGGCAUCCGCGUAUGCAGAUCCUGCCGACUUUCUUGGUUUCUGCGCGCGCUUAUGCUCGUUUCGACCAAGCUGCUUCAAGCAGAUGCGCUUAGAAGAGAAAGGGGCACAGGGCACGGGAUAUCCGCUUGUUAUUGAGCUCGCACUUGGCGGAUGGACGUAUCUCUUGUCUGGGGCGUUGCACUGUGGGCGCUGCGGGGCCACAUCAGCUGUCAGUGAACUCGUGAACGAGUCGGAAUCCAGUACACAGGGAUGCAGACACCAGCCUGGGUGUCGCUGGCUCAGCGAGCGCUCUCCGACGACUUUUGCGUCGUUUCGUGCGGACUCGUCCACAAGUCGGACGGAAGCAUGCUGGGCACUGCACCUCGCUGACGCAGUCCGCUACUUGCGCGACGCACUGGAACGCUCCGCGUCUCCAAAUGCCUCUGUUACUGAGCGUGUUGCAUUUCGCAAGCUAGCCAGUCAUGGUUGGGUAUGCCAAACGCGGCAGGAGCGACUGCUUUUUUCCUGUAUGUUCUGCGGGACACCGCGUUUCAUGGCUCAGGGCGAGAUCGAGCGUAGCCUCGACUCGACCGCAGCCGCAGGUCACCAUCGCAGGUACUGUGCGUUCGCGGAUACCACUGUUGCUGUCGAUAUCGAGCAGCAGCUACGGAAUGGAACAUCUGCAGCCUGA